AUGAAGCACAUUGCCAGCAUCACGACCGCAGCGGCCCUGCUAGGAGAGGUCUUAGCAGCGACCAGUGGCAAGUUGAACGUCCUGUCAAUGAACGUCGCUGGGCUACCCGAAUUUCUGCAAGACAACGAGGUUCCCGGAGACAAGACAACCAACUCCGGGACUAUUGGCUCAAAGUUCGCAGAGUACGGAUAUGACAUUAUUCAUGUUCAGGAGGACUUCAACUACCACGCCUACAUUUAUGACACGGACACUCAUGAAUACCGUACGGCUACAUCGGGUGGAGUGCCUUUUGGCUCCGGCCUGAACACCCUUGCAAACUACGACUGGGUGGACUUCACCCGCAUUAAGUGGGCAACCUGCUCCGACGCCUCCAGCAACGACUGCUUGACACCUAAAGGUUUCACCUUCAUGAGGGUGCAAAUCGAUGACGGCGUUUUCGUCGAUGCCUAUAACCUGCACACCGAUGCAGGUACUGAAGAUGGCGAUGAGACGGCUCGUAAUGCCAACUUGGAACAGGUCGCCAGCUAUAUCGACACCUGGAGCAUCGGCAAUGCUGUUCUCGUCUUUGGCGACACAAACAGUCGGUACACUCGUACCGCUGACAACAUUACCGUCUUCAGCAAGCAAAAUGGCUUGACGGACGCUUGGGUGAAGCUGAUCAAGAACGGAGUCCCACCAACGACUGAGAUUCUUUGUGAUAACCCCAGUUUGGUCAACACUUGCGAAACAGUUGACAAAGUAUUUUACCGUGGAAGUUCUGUCGUUUCUCUCGAUGCUACUUUAUUCAACUAUGAAAGUAGCAAGUUCUUGCAAGCCAAUGGUAGCAUUCUUUCAGAUCAUAAUCCAAUCACUGCGAGCUUCAGUUGGACUUCGAGCUCCUCCCUGCGCCAAUCCAACUUCUGGGGAGGUAAUUACGGUGCCUGGUUCAGCGACGUGCCAAAGCUUGCGAGCAAGACCAAGCCCAAGGCUGCGGUGUUGACUUUCCGGGGCGCCAGCCGCCUCGAUAGCGUGGGCCUAACCCUGACGGACGGCACUGUCUUCACGCAUGGCGGAACAGGCGGCACUGCAGCUACACUCACGCUGGGCAGCAGCGAGUAUUGGACAAGCGCACAGUUAUGCCAGGGCCAGAAAAGCAACGAGACGCGCAAUUUUUACAUCAAAGCCACGACCAGUACUGGACAUACUUUGUCAGCCGGAACUUCGACCGCGGAUUGCACGACAUUCACAGCGCCAAGUGGGUGGCAGAUCGUGGGGUUUGUUGGCCAGGACGGUGAUGAAAUAGACCAGCUUGCUUUUGUGUUUGCACCUCAAUAG